UAAAGGUAUUUAUUAUUCAACAGCAUUGAACUCUCGUGUUUUUAAUUUUUAUAUUUGAGAAUAAUAUGAAAGCUGUUUAUUACUUGUAUUAUGCAGCUAUCGAGUAAACUAAUAUAACGAGAGUAAAAGUGUACAGGUUCAGAAUAGGAUGCAUAAAUUUUAGUCAAUUCUAACUAAAGCUGACUUUACAUAACAUUGCACCUUUCCAGUCACUAGAUGUGAAAGAUAAACGGAGGGAUAGGUUAAGAUAACAUAUGGGUCGCAAGUGUAAUUUUAAUAAGAAUAUGACAAUCUAAAAAACUUCAAUUGGUCGUAUGUUGUAUACGACCAAAUAUGUUGUAUACGUAUCCAAAUCAGAUUCAAGUUGCUUUAUUUAUUACACAAUCUGUAUUUGCUUUCUAUCGGUUUUCUCCUCCCUCGGUUAAAUGAGACCCAUAUCCUAGGACAGAGGUGUCAAACUCGUGGGUAUUCGAGGGCCGCAAUGCAUUUUGGGAAUUGUGCAAAGGGCCGCAAACAGUUUUUGAUUGAUUUUGAUAAUUCAUACUUAAAGCAUACUUUUAGAUAGGUGUAGUUUGUGACACAUAUAUUAUAUGUGAUGUAAUUAAAGAACCGAAUAAAGUUCUGCUAUUUUCUUAAAUUUCAAAUGCCAUUUGCAUAUUUAUUUCAUGCAUUUCACUAUUAUUGCAAUUCACUGUAUUUAUUACAAAAGAUCAUAAACUUUACUUUUACAGAUUGUUUUGAAGCAGGUUAUCUGCUGAUUUAGCUGUACUUGAUGUAACUGCAGUUUCAUGUUUCGAAGUUGAUCUUUAAAUUUUGUCAUAUUGAAUGCUGUGCUUAUUCUGAUAAUGUCUACUUAUAUUGUAUUUUUUCAUUAUACUGAUGGAAAAGUGACAAAUUAAACAGUGACUUUAGAAUUUUGAAAAAUAACAAUUACUGUUAAGCGUUCGAGGGCCGCAUUGGAAGUUCUAUGGGGCCGCAAGUUUGGCACCCCUGUCCUAGGAUAAGAUAUGAAACCGCUGCUGUUGUGUUGUAUUACGUCUCUAAUAAUGUUCAUUUAUCAGUUGCUGUCUAGCAAAGAUACCCGCAGUUGCCAAUUCCAUGAAAUAUGAGAAUACUCCCCUUUUUUUUAAUGUACUACAAGUUCAUUACAUAACGUUUUGUGUUUUUACUGUUCAUAUAGGAAAGUAUGAGUAUUUAAAUUGAAACGUCUUACGAGCAAAAUAAGCGACAUGAAUCGUAGGACGAGUAAUAUGUAUGCCAGAUUUAAUGAUAUUUUUGAAGAACCUGACGAGCUACCAACAGCUGUGUUUUCAUCGGAUGGGAAAAUUGAGUUUGUAAAUAUCGAUGAUGAGGUUAAAUUCGAACCGAAGCCGGAACUGCCUCCCGACCGAACAGAACCGGAAAAGAAACCGAGAAUAAAACCAUCGCCAAAAAGGAUUAAAUUGAGCAGAAAAGCUUUGAUAUUCACCGUAUUUGCGAUCAUAAUGUUCAUUAUCUUCAUUUUUACGGUUGCCAGUUUUAUUCUAAUGCUACAGAAUCGAUCAGAAUUACAUUCAUCAAAGAAACAAAAUACAACAGAACUUAUGGAUUCAAAAGUCAACGCUUUGUUACCGAUUUGGCUAAAUCGAACUGUUUCAAAAAUUCAAGAUCAAUAUAAAGUAUCUUCUAAUGAACUGGAUGAAAAGAUCGAGGCAGCUCUGAUGAAUCUCAGCGAAAAGGCGGUCGCAAGAAUUCGAGGUAUAACAACCACAACUGUACCUGCUACCAGUAUUGUUAGAAAAAGAUUAUGUAAAAUAGAAUACGGAGACAAGUGCUACUGGGCAACCAAAUCUAAGCGGAUCCAGUAUGAUAAAGCAGCAGAGCUUUGCCAUGGGCACGGUGCGGAAGCGGCAAAUAUAUAUGGCGAAGAACAUUUUCAAAUAAUUGUAAAAUAUCUGAGAGAUGUCAUGCAGCCAUGGAAAACUGUCUGGCUUGGAAUGACGCGCGAUGCUCAGGCAGGGAUAACAUAUCUUCGGAAUGGUACAAUUUCAAAUUAUACGAUGGAUUGGUACCCCGGAUAUCCAGUUAACAAGACAUCGUGGGGUCAGAUUGGCAUUCAUUUUGAAAAAGACACCAACGCGUCUCACCAAGGAUUUUUCAAUGAUUAUCCUACAGGCUAUAGACAUGGGAUACUAUGUGAGAUCUGAACAAAUAGAUGUCUAACAAAUCACAUACCCGACAUAGACUGGUAACCAGACGAGAGGCGUGGUUCGUGAAUUAAGUCGCCUUAUUGUCUUACUUCUCUCUGGGAUAAAAAUGAUAUAUAUCUUAUCCUAUCUUCGUAUAUCUAUCUGUCAGAAACAGCUUGACUAACUGGCGACACUUUUUAUACUCGUUCGACCCAGAGAUAAAUUUAUGGGUACCUCACGUAGUGUGUGUACUAGAUUAGGGUUUACGAGGGUUUAUCUAUUACGAGUUCGGGGACUGUCUGUGUCAGCCAAGAACAAAAUUAGUUACCCCCAUGUUGGUAAACACACUUCAUGGGCGACUAUUUUUGUCCGUGUUGUGCUUUUUUAAUUGCAUCUUUGUUUAAACUUUCAUACGCUGUCUUUCCGAACAAAGCACUCUAUAAGCACACAUUGACUAAGUAAGCACCUUUUAGUUUUUGGAAAAUCUUCGGCACCGCCAGGUGUGAAUGGUAUUAGUAAUCCCUGCAAAAAUAACCAAAGCUACAGCUAUAAUUCACACAUAUGGAUACAUUUGAUAACGCCACUGCUUUGUGUUCCU